GUUACUUUUUUGACUUCAAGAGUCUUUCUUUUAUGUCUACAAAUAUGGCUGAUGAAAGGAGUAUUUCUCGUCUUGACCUACGUGAUCGUUAUAGAAGUCAAAGUAUAGAUGGCUCAGAUUUAAUAUCUGAAUUAUCCAUUGUCCAUGCACAAAGGACAUCAAGUGAAUUUGCAUUAUCAUCUGCUCAAAUUAAACACGAGUCGAAAAUAAAAAAUUUAAAAACUGAAAAGGAGAUUAUUGAAUCAGAAAGGAAUAACUUAGCUAACGAGCACAAUUCUUUAAAAAGAAAAUAUCAACUAUUAGAAUUUGAGAGAAGCCAAGAUCAGUCAAAAAUGAAAAGUUUUCAACGUAACCUUGAUGAUCGUAUAAAUUCUAUUAUUCAAUCAUCCAGUAGCUUUGGAUCAUCAUUGACUUUAGAAACUGAACGUUUAAGAGAUGAAGUACUUAAUUAUGAAAAAAAAUUUACCGAUUUACAAAUUGCUCAUUCUCAACUUCAAAUAAGAGUCAAAGAAUUAGAAGCUUUACUAGAUUUACGUUCACAGCGAUUAAAAGAAUUAGAAAUGUAUGUAGAAGAAAAAUCAACUGAAUUGAAAGAAUUAUCCGAAUUAAAAGCAACAGUUUCCAAGUUAACUUCAGAGAAAACAAUCUUAGAAGAACGUAUACUAUUAGAAUCGAAUCGUACUAAAAUGCCAGAAGGUUAUGAUCGAUUUAUGAAAGGUGCUAGUUAUAUAGCAAAAUUAGAAAUGGAACAUGAUCGAUUAAAAAUUGCAUUUAAAAAUCUUAGUCAAGAACGUGCUAAAUGGCUUAUUACGGAUGAAGAAAAUUCAGAAUUACGCAAUCAAGUGGAAAUUUUAAAAAAAUGGCGUGAAAGAGCAUUAAUUGCUGAGAAUACCCUACUUGAAAAAGAAACAUUCAUGAAUAGUAUAAUAUCGAAAAAUUGUUCACCUAUAUCAGAUAAUCAUUCAUCUAUAUCAACUAUAAGAAGAUUAGAACGUGAAAAUGAAGUUUUAUUAGCAGAACAAGGUGAAAUCAAUGCAAAAAACAAAGAAUUAUUAAUCAUUUUAAAAGAAACUCAAAAUGAUCAAACUCAAUUAAAUAAUCAUUUACAAAGUAUUCUAUGUAAAUUGAAUGAUUUAAAACAAAUAUGUAAAAGAGGUAAUCAAAUUGUUCAACUUUUAACGAAGGAACAUAAUUUAUGUCAAAAUUUAUUCAAUAGUUAUAUAUUACGUGAGAAUGAUACAUUCAAUAUUCCAUUAGAAUAUCAAAAGUCAAUGUCUAAUUUCAAUGAAUUAUUCAAUGAUUUCAAUGAAUAUUAUAAUGAAUGUACAAUUUGUUUGAAUAAUUUAUUCAAGUUAACAGAAAAGAUAAAUAAAACAAAUGAUUCAUAUACUGAUUCACCAUUAUUAAAUUCUUCAACAUAUGAAGAAGAUAGAGAGUUGGUGAAAAAAUUACGACAUCAAAUAUCUGAAUUAGAAGAGAAUAUUGAAACAUUACAAAUGAAAAAUAAGGAAUUAGUUGAUCAAUUAGAGAUAUAUAAUAUGCAGGGUAUGUGCAACACAGGAACGACUAAAAUUUUAACUUAUAAAUACCACCCGGGAGAAAUAAUUAAACAGGAUUUAUCAAAUGAAAUUACUGAAUUACGUUUGUUAACUGAACGUCAACGCCAACGUAUUCAAGUUUUAGAAGAACGUAUUAUACAUUUAUCAGAGAAACGUGAUUGUCAAAAUCAAAAUAACGAUGUAACUAUGGAAUUAGAUAUUACUAAUACUGUAGAAAAUCGUAUACGUUCCAAUCCUGAUCCAUUAACAGAACUUGCAGAAGUCAAAGAAGAACUUCGUGUUGAACGUUUACGUAGUGAUCGUUUAAUGGAAUUAUUUGAUAAAGCAAAAAUAACAUUUCGUACAUCAUAUCGUGAUCUAUUAGGUUAUCGAAUUAAUAUUCAAUCAUGUGGAGAUUGUCAAGUUUGUCCAGUGUUUACUACAAAUAAAGAAGAUACUUUAUAUUUUAAAAAAGUCGAUGGAAAAUUUGAAUUAGUUGAAAAUAAUUUUACUAAAUCAUUACCAGAUAAUAUUUAUCAUUAUUUAAAUGUAAAUCAUUCUAUUCCAGGUUUUUUAGCUUCAAUCACUUUAUACUACUUACAACAGAAUACACUUUUAAUAUAAGAUCCAUGUUAUAGGUAUAAUGUAUGAUUGAUUGUAAUAUAAUG